GGGAGGAGGCUGCAGCUGCUCCAGGGAUCGUAGAAUCAUAGGAUGUCCUGAGAUGGGAGGGACCCACAAAAAUCAUGGAGUCCAACUUUGUCCCUGCACAGGUCAACCCCAAAAUUCACACCAUGUGUCUGAGGACGUUGUCCAGUCUCUCCUUUAACACCGUCCAGCUUGGGGCCGUGACACGUCCCUGGGGAGCCUGUUCCAGUGUCCAGCACCUCUGGGUGAAGAACCUUUUCCUCAUGUCCAACCUGACCCUCCCUGGCACAUCUUCCUGCCAUUCCCUCGGAUGUCAGAGCGGGACCUGCUGCGGGCAGGGUGCGUUUGGGGACUAAGGACCACGGCCGUGCCUUUGCAGCCAGCACAGUGUGUGCUCCCCACUGCAGGUUCUGUGGUCUUUACCCAACCAUAACGUGGCCAGUUGCUUUGGGAUUUUUGGCAAACUUCCCUUACCCACCAACACAGAGCCUUGAGUAAGAGGCGAUGUUCUCCCCGGUGCUCUGGUGUCACCCGGUUUCUAUCUCUGUGUCACAGCGGCAACACCACAACCUGCAGACAACAACAACGGAGGAGGAGGAGCAGUGAGCAGUGAGGAAGGACAGCCCAGAGCAGACACCUCAGCCUCUGCAGCCCUGGGGCCAUCGCGACCACAGGGCUACGAUUGUGAAAUUUAAGACCUUAAGCCAUUUCAUUUCCCUUCCACUUGCAAAGAGAAAAAUCACCUAAUACCUCUGGCAUUAGCAGAGUGCGUUUGUAUACGGAGAAGUGGCUUGGCCGCUUUACAGGGCACAGUGAGGUGGGAUUCUUGGUGUUAAUGGGUUUGGCAAACACAGAUGGCAGAUUUCUGAGCUUACCCUUAAACCUGCACACAGCUAAACAUCCAGGUUUUUCCAUGUUUGCCUCUUAGCUCUUUUCCUUCCCUUCUGCUUCCACGCCCCAAGAGAAAUCAGGAGAAGACCCUGGAUGUCUCUUGCCUCACACACAGAGGAAUCGGAGGGACUGAGUAAAUAAUUCCAGCCAGCCAGAGGGUUGGGGCGGUUGUGAGAUGUGGCACUUGCAACCAGAAGCAGAACACAAAACCCACAGGGGAAGUGGGGAAGGAGAGAAAACCUGACGCACAUUCACCGAAAGAACGCGAAAGAGAGCGAGAACCCAGAGGAGGGAUAUGCACUGAUGGGUUUCCAGCCCAGGGGAAUACAACAGAAUCGUAUGAGAAACCCAGAUGGACGCAGAAGUGAUGUGAGAGUGAAGCAGGUUCCAUUGCAGCUGCACAAGAGCUGGAGGGAUGGGAAGCCCCGAGGAUCCCCGGCCUGCAGAUGAGCCACACUGAGCCCCUGGUAGCGCAAUAUCCAUCAUCCUUCUCCAUCCCAGCCACGUCCAGGGGCAGCGUCACCCGGACGAGCUGUUCCCAGGGUCACAGCACAGAGUCACCACCAGCAUCCCCUUCCACCGCCACCAGCCCUGAGCAGCGACUCCCGAGGACUGAGCGCCUGAAGAAGCACAGAAGGAAGAAAAACGCUUUCUGCAAGCUCCUGCCUCCAGUUAAUUACAAUGGAUGUUUGCAAGAUACAUGAAAACGCCUCCAAAUGCAGCACGAGCACCAUGGAAUGCUUCAUGGUCCUCAGCACACAGGCGCAGAAGAUAAGUAUCGCCACGCUGUGCGGCCUCUUCGGGACACUGUGUGUUUUUGAGAACUCUUUGGUGCUGUACUUGAUCUUCUCCUCCCCCGGGACCAGGAGGAAGCCUUCCUACCUCUUUAUCAGCAGCCUGGCCCUGGCUGACAUUCUUGCCAGCAUCAUCUUCGUCUGCAGCUUUGUGAACUUCCACGUCUUUAAUGAAACCAAUUUCUCUAAGGAAAUCUACCUGCUGCAGCUGGGAGGGGUGAACACGUCCUUCUCUGCCUCCCUGAGCAGCUUGCUGCUGACAGCCCUGGACCGUUACAUCUCCAUCAGCCGCCCGUCCGAGUACAAGGUCCUGAUGACGUGGAAGAGAGCGUGGGUCGCCCUUGGGGUGCUGUGGGUGACCUGCGCCACCGUCGCCUCCCUGCCCCUCCUGGGCUGGAACUGCUGCACCCUCAAUUCCACCUGCUCCGAGCUGUUCCCCUUCGUGGAUGACAAUUAUCUGUCGAGCUGGAUCUGCUUCGUCAUGGUCCUGCUGGGCUGCAUCGUCUACGCCUACGCGCACGUGCUGUGGAAGGCUCACCAGCACGCGGCCUACAUGGAGAAGCACCAAAAGCAAAACGCCAGGAUGAGGAUGGACGUCAUGCUGGCCAAGACCCUCGUCAUGGUGCUCGCUGUCCUCGUGCUGUGCUGGUCUCCGGUCCUCGUUCUCAUGAUCUACAGCAUCUUCGGCAGGCUGAGCAACCGCCUGCGCAAGGUGUUUGCUUUCUGCAGCACCCUCUGCCUGCUCAAUUCCAUGGUGAACCCCAUUAUUUAUGCCCUGCGGAGCAAGGAGCUGUAUUCCUCCCUGAGGAUGCUCUUUGCUCGCUUCAGGAGGCAGCUGAAAGCCUCUGAGGAAAGUCCAGAAGGAGACAGUGCCCACAAGUCCUCUGUGAUAGAGACCGUCUGCGAGGACACACGUGUCACGUAGGCAGGCAGCCGUGGAAAUCUGUGCUCAGGCUGGCCAAAACAGCCUGGGUCACUCUUCUUUUUCUUUUCUCUUCUUCUGGAGGUCCCAGGAGAUGUGAGAUCAGAUGCCUCUCAUGGAGUCGGCUCCCACUGAUGUUAUUGUUAGACUCUGGGACGUAAAGUGCACAAAUGCAGGCAGCUGGUCCCCAAGCUGUAGGCACCGGUGGAUAUAACGUCACAUCCCAGAACAGCAGACCCCAAUAUUUUAUAGCAGCUCCUCCUGCCUGUCCACAGUAACCUCCUAAUCUAUUUUUCUUACAUUCAGUGGUGUCUUCCUUACACUCCAUAAACUACAGCUAACCUCAAACACUCCGCAGACCUUCACGUUCUCUAGAGAUCCCCAGGUGUCUCAUAACUCUCUCUAAACUGCUCGUUGGGCAGAGCUGUACGAGCGCUAACAGCACAUCACUACCUGGCAGAGGCACAUCUAUUGAUACCAGACUCGAAUGCUGUCCCGGGGUGUUUUGUGUUAGCAGUACAGUGACAAAAAGCUCUUUAGCUCCUGACAGAGAACACCACCAAGCCGUGACGAGAUCCCAGUGAUGCUGAAUCCCUCGCUGCAUCCCAGGGGAGCAGGACAGGAGCAGGAGGUGCCUCGGCCAUGGCUGGGAAGGGGGCAGGUGGUUUCUCUGGACUUUUGCAGAUGCUCCUGGCUAAUUGUAUCUCGCAGCACUGAGGAUUGUGUUGAUUUUAGCGUCUAAUUCUUUAAGGAAAACUGAAAUGCUGUCACUGCAGCAUAUGAAUUCUGCCACAGCUGAGGAUUUGGAGGCAGACGGGACCCUGCAGGCAACACGUUUCUUUCGGCAGAUUUAAGGAACGCUAACCUGCGCCACGCGGGCAUUCACUGGAUGUUAUGUCAUUAAACAUUAAAGCCAUUUCUCAGCGUUUUCUUCCAACAACCUCUUGGGCAUGAACUCCUCCAGGUGAUGAGUUUAAGCUGGGGCAGAUACUCUGAGCAUGAUGAGCUCAAUAGACUUUUCCACAAAUUACACAGAUUGCCUUUAGUCGCAAAACCUGCAGGGUGAGCACCAGGGCUCCUGCCAGCCCCGAAACGCCUCUGACAGGGAUGAGCUGGGCCCGGGACACAGCACAAGGCCCUUGGACUCUGUCCUGUUUCCCCAGAGGGUGCACCCAGCUCUCCCGGGCGGGUUUUGGAGCCCAGCCCCAGGGCACAGGAGGGCCGGGGUGAGGGGUCUCCUGGGGCCUGAGCUGCUAUGGCGCCAGCCCCUCGGGCUCUUUCGUGGCUCGUCGGGGGAUGGAUGCAGAGGCUCAAACCGCAGGAAGACAGACAGGCGGCUA